AAAAUAUAACGUUGAAAUGAGUCACAGCGGUAGUGGUGGUGGUGGUCGUGGUGAAUAAGGUGGUCCGCGGUAUAUAAAGACUCGGGCUUGGCUGUAAGUGAAGUACCGGACCAGCUAAGAAGUACAUUAGCUGUUACCUCUCUCUUCUCCUGAGUCACUACCAAAAGAGCAAGAUCAAGAUGCGUGCGUCCUGGAUCUUCGGAAUCGCCGUGCUGGUGCUGACUGUCGCCUUGGUGCACGCCGGACCUCUGCCGGAUGAGGAGACCAGCACUGGCUCCAAGACACUCCACGCCCUCAGGCAGUUCUUCAGUCCAGUUACGAACUACUUCAGCAGCAUUCCCUCCAAGACUCCAUCUGACAUUGCCGAUGACGUCAGAGGCUCGGUUGACAAUGUGCGUGACUGGGCCAGCGAGAACGAGGCGAUCCAGGCACUGCGAGGCGCUCUCAACCCCGUCAGGGACUGGAUCAAGGAGAAGGCCAAUGUCGUGAAGGACCAGACAUUCAGUGACAUGUACGACAAUGUCAAGACAUCCGUGCAGAACCUUGACCAGAGGGUCGGCACGUGGCUGGAACAAAACACAUCAAAAUAAUCUUCCUCCUCCAGUUCCUUCAUUUCCUCCAGUUCCUAGCUCCAAUUCCUCCAGUUCUUCCAGUUCUCUCUUCUAUCCAAGGAAGCUACAGAUAAGAUUAUAUUCCUUGCCUCAUCCCAACGGAGACAUACCCCCCUACCUCACCCAGUCCUGUUUUUAAUAUGAUUUUAUUCCCCUGAAGCAUGUAACAAGAUUAAUAUUAGUUCACUUAUUCAACAUUUCGACUACUUUUAACAGGCUCUUUUGGAAGUUAUGUUUGCAAGGGUGUUUUCAUGAUUCUAGUGAUAAUUUGACAGGAAUUCUGUAUCAUGACAGGGAGAAACACUCAUGAAAACCCGGGUAAUCAUCUGCGGCCUUUGAAAAUAGUUGUAAUGAGCGAAUAAAGAGUUUCACCACGCGGGGCUGUAUGGGGAUAUGUGCUCACUACUUUCCUCGCGCCAGUACACAUUUUUUUUUAUCAUAUCAGUAAAUUAUAUCAUUAUUUA